AUAAGGUAAUUCUGGACUACUCUUUUUCAUUGAACCGCCAAGCCAACUAUGGAAAAUUUGAAAACUAAAAUAAACAAUAAUAAAAUUUGGGAGGUGAUCAAUUAAUUGAAAGCUAAUAGUUGGGGGUCAAAAUUGAAAGAUAUCAUCACCUGAAUAAAAUAAUAAAUCCCUAAACCCCCAUUUCUCUUGGGCAGUGCAUCAAUUGUACGCUAUGGAUAAAUCAAUAAACCUCCAACACUUGUUUCAAGACCUUAAUGGUUGCUUCAUAUAAAAUACUGCAAAUCCUGCAAGAGAAUAUUCAAGUAGAGGACAAUCUUUCUUCAUUAUAUAUUGUAUCCGAUUAUCAAUGCAUGAGUAAUAUAUUAGCAAGUUGCAUUUUUUCACUAUCUGUUCAAACUUGUGCUAAUUAAAUAUCAUAUCCGAUUAUCAGUGCAUAAAGAAUAUACUAGCCAGUACAAGUUACAUUGUUUCUUUCACUAUCCUUUUCAAAUUAUACAUCUUUUGGUAAGUGUUAGUGGAGAUUGUAUUGUUCUUGUGAGUGCUGCAAGUUUUCGUGUGUUUUGCGAGAGAGAGGGAAGAUCAGGAAAAUGGCCUACAAUCUUCAACCCCUCAUCACCAUCCUACAACAAAUCUUGAAUCCUGAACAAUCACACUGGAUUGUUGAUCACAACAAACCACAACUCCAAUCCCUCCUCCAAAAAGCUGCUUCUCUGCAGCAGAUUCUUGAAAAUUCUUCACUCCCCAAAAACAUAGAAAGUUUGGAGAACCAAAUCCGAGAUGCAGCACAUCAAGCAGAAGACAUCAUUGAAUCUCAGAUGGUUGAUCAAAUCCUUUCCAGUCCAGAAGGCGAGAGAUUUACUUUUUCCACACCAGAUCUACAACAAGUAAUUCAACAACUUGAUUCCGCAAUGGAACAAGUGGUGAAGCUCGCGAAGGGGAAGACGAUGCCGAGUGGCAGUUCAUCGAGUGGCGCUACUCUGUUGCAAGAUCCGAGUUCGAAGAGUGUCGUUGUGGGAGUUGAUGACGCUUUGUUCCAGUUGAAGGAUAGGCUGACCGGGAUGCAGAGCAAGCUGGAGAUCCUGCCCAUAGUAGGUAUGGGUGGUAUAGGUAAAACCACUCUUGCUCGAAAACUUUAUCAAGAUCCACUAAUUGUUGAGCACUUUAGCUAUAUUGCUUGGGUUACAAUCUCACAAGAUUACAACAUGAGAGCAAUCCUAUUAGGCCUUAUUCGUUGCAUAAUUGGAAAAGAAUGUGACCAACAUAAGGAAAAGGGAGAUGGUGAGUUAAAAGAUAUUUUAUAUCAGAGCUUGUAUGGUAGAAGAUACAUGAUUGUAUUAGAUGAUAUUUGGAGCACCAAAUUCUGGGAUGAGAUAAGGAUGUACUUCCCAGACAAUAAUAACAAGAGUCGGAUAGUGAUCACCACUAGGGAAUCAGAUGUCGCCAAAUAUGUUGAUUCCAAGAGUCUGCAACAUCAGGUGCAAUUGCUAUGUGAGUCUGAGAGUUGGAAUCUAUUUCGCCAAAUCGUGUUUGGAGAAGAGGAUUUCCCUCAUGAAUUACAAGGGAUAGGAGAGAAGAUUUCGAGUGACUGUGGUGGGCUUCCUCUUGCCAUCAGUGUGAUUGGAGGGCUGUUGUCAAAGGUGGAAAGAUCAAAAGAAGCUUGGGAGAAUAUUGGAAAUGACGUAGGAGCUGCAAUUGGAGAAUCUGACCAGCAGUUCUCCAAUAUACUAACCUUAAGUUACAACCAUUUGCCGAUUCACUUGAAACCAUGUUUUCUGUAUGUGGGAGCAUUUCCAGAAGAUUAUGAGAUUAAGGCCUCGAGACUCAUAAAGAUGUGGAUAGGGGAAGGAUUUGUGAAAACAAAUGGAGAAAAAAGUUUGGAAGAAGAGGCAGAAGAUUAUUUAAAGUCACUCGUCGAGAGGAAUGUAGUUUCAGUUAGAAGUUAUCAUUGGUAUAGAAAACCAAAGAGCUACAACAUGCAUGAUCUUUUGAGAGAUUUAUGCAUCAGGAAAGCUGAUGAUGACAAGUUUCUAUGUGUCAAGAAUUCCCCUGAGACUAAAGUCAGAUUCUCUAACAUGCGUCGUGUGAGUAUUCAGACAUCAUAUGGAAUGGAAGAUGUUGAUGAGUCUGCUUCAUCAGGGAUGUCAUUUGCUCGAUCAUUUCUACACUUUAUCUACUUUGAUAGGAAUUUAUGUCCCAUAUUUUUCACAUUAAGCCUGCUUAGGGUGUUGGAUUUAUUGGAAAUGCAUAUCCCUGUUGAGUUCGGAAGAGAAAUAUUACAACUUGUGAACCUACGCUACUUAGCUAUCAACUGCCAUUCAUUACCUAGAAGUGGAAUAUCAAGAUUGUGUAAUUUGCAAACCUUGAUUGCUAGGAUAUGGGAUAGCUAUUGCCCAACUGAGUUGUGGGAGAUGUAUGAGUUAAGACAUCUCAUCACGUUGAGAACAUGUCUCAUGAUGAAAGAAGAUUACGUGACAAAAACUGUUCUGAAGAAGCUGCAGACGAUACAGACUGUGCAUCUAACUCCGUCGAUGAUUAGUGGGGGUUUCUUGGAAAGCAUUCCAAAUAUAGAAAAGUUGGGAAUCUUUUAUUAUGGGAGUGAAGUAGUUGAUCUCACCCAUCUUCACAAACUCAAAGCAUUAAUGUGGUGUUCUGACUACGGUACACUUAUUCGCAGAUUAAAAUAUCCAUCUACUCUUAGAAAAUUAACUCUGAACUGUGGUCUAAUGAGUCCGGUGGCGAUGACGGCUCUAUGUGCACUACCGAAUCUGGAAGUGCUUAGGAUAUUUGGUUGUAGCUUCAAAAGCAAUGAGACGGAGGAAGAAGAAGCAAAUAAAGAGUGGGAAAUGGCAGAAGGAGAUGAAUUCAGCUCAUUGCAGUCUCUACAACUCGAUUAUUUAAAACUGGUGCGUUGGAGAGCUGAUGAAACCAACUUCCCCAUACUCCGACAUCUCUCUAUACGACGUUGUUAUGAUCUAGAGAAAAUCCCCGCCGACAUUGGAGAAAUCCCAACCCUUCAAUUAAUCCACUUAGAAGGUUGCAGGGAGUCUGCAGAGGCCUCAGCGAAACAGAUUCAGGAGGAGCAGCAAUCCGAAUGCGGAAACUACGACCUCCAACUUCGUAUCGAACAAUAUGAGAGAGCACAGGUUUUUGCUUAUUUGAGCGAAAUUCUGGGCGAUCAUGGCAGAGGCUACUCGUUUCAAGGAUCUGCAAGAUACACAGAAGAAAUUAGAGCAAAUUUUUCAAGCUGAGACGUUAAAGAGGGUUGCUUCUGAGGAAAGAAUGAAGGAACAAAUCUCUUCAGUUGAUUCGAAGAUGGUAAACAUAGAUAAAAAGUGUGAAAACUUAACUGCAUUCGAAGCGGGUUGUGGUUAUGCGAGGUGUCUUGAAGAAGGAAAGAAUGCAGCUGCAUUGUUGUGUGAUCAAGGGAGGAUUGGUCGAUUCAAAUUUGUUCGUGGCCAAUGCUUUGGUAGACUCUACUCUGCCUGCGGGAGUUUGGCAGAAACCGGGAAGUCGUUCGAAUUUGGGGCUAUACACAUCUUAUUGAAUUUUGAGGUGGUCUCAUAUGAAAUCGGUUUUAUGGUGAAAUCAACUUCACAAUGAUACUACUUGUCGACUUCAACAUAUAAAUGAUAUUUUAACAUUUUAAAGUAUCAUUUCUAUAUUGAAAUAGUGUCAUUGUGAAGCCAGUUUCACAAUAAAACCGGUUUCACAUGAGUUUUUGUGUUGAAUUUUAGUGUAUUUUUAUUUGUCUAGAUUUUUACUUAUUAAAGUUUUAAUUUUGGGAGCUACAAGGGUAAAAUAGUACAUUCAUU